AUGCCACCUAAAAAAAGACCAUCUUUAUCUCGAAAUUCUAGAGAUGCUAAGAGGAUGAGAAAUGCGCGUUCUCAAGAAUCGGCAGAGGAAAGAGCAUAUCGGUUAAACUCUAUGAGAGUUAGUGCCUCAACUUCUCGAGCCAAUGAAAGCUCUUCAGAGAGAGAGAUGCGAUUAGCAGCUGACAGAGCGAGACGAGCUACAUCACGGGCGUCUCAAAGCUUUUCUCAACGAGAGCUAAGGCUUACCAUUGACCAAGAACAACAUGUGUUAUCCCGAGCAGCUGAAACUGCUUCACAACGAGAAUUGCGUCUCACAGCUGACCGCGAACGACAUACAUUAUCUCGCGAGUCCGAAACAUUUACUGAAAGGGAAUUACGUCUCACAGCUGACCGCGAACGGCAUACAUUAUCUCGCGAGUCAGAAACCUUCACUGAGAGGGAAUUACGUCUUACAGCUGACCGCGAACGUCAUAUAUUGUCUCGCGAGUCAGAAACCUUCACUGAGAGGGAAUUACGUCUUACAGCUGACCGUGAACGUCAUAUAUUGUCUCGCGAGUCAGAAACCUUCACUGAGAGGGAAUUACGUCUCACAGCUGACCGCGAACGUCAUAUAUUGUCUCGCGAAUCAUCUUCUGUAAUAGGCGAUAUGAACGUGGUAUGUUCUUUUUGUAAUGCUUUAAAGUGGAGUAAGGAGUCGGCUGGAUUCUGUUGUUCUGGAGGUAAAAUAAAUUUGCCUUCAUUCGAAGACCCACCGGAACCUUUGAAAUCAUUACUUUUAGGGGAACAUGUGCAAUCUAAACAGUUUUUCGACAACAUUCGCACUUAUAAUAGUGCGUUUCAGAUGACAUCCUUUGGUGCUCAACAAAUCUCCGAAGGUCCUUUCAUGCCUACUUUUAAAAUACAAGGUCAGAACAUGUUGCAUCAGAUUAAUUCGUAUGUAUGCAGUUUUAAAUCGGCAUUAGAAGCUCUUCCUCGAGAUGAUGAUAACAAUUAUAAAAUUGUUAUAAAUGCCGAUAGGCGUCCAACGCAGGAACACCCUGGGCGUUAUAAUGCUCCAUCCACGAAUGAAGUUGCUGUGGUAUUGGUCGACCAGGAAUGUGAUAGGCGUGAUAUCGUUAUCCGUUCCAGAGACAAUCGUUUACAACGUAUUUACGAAACCCACAGGGCUUACGACGGUUUGCAAUAUCCUUUGAUAUAUUGUCGAGGGGAAGAUGGUUAUAAUUUUGCUUUAUACCAAACUGAUCCGCAUACAGGCGCACCUAUUUAUAAUAAAAAGAUUUCAUGCCUUCAAUUUUACUGUUACCAAUUGCAAGUAAGACGGAAUAGGUUUGUAUACUUGCAACGUUUUCGUGGCUUAUUCAAUCAGUUUAUUGUAGACAUGUACGCAAAAAUUGAAACCGAAAGAUUAGUUUAUAUACGAUCUAAUCAAAGGCAGCUGCGCGCUGAAGAAUACGUGCACCUUCGCGACGCCAUGCAGCAAGAUAAUGAUACGGUGAAUAUGGGCCGUUUAGUUAUUUUGCCCUCUUCUUUUACUGGUGGUCCACGCUACAUGCACGAACGUACUCAAGAUGCUUUUUGUUACGUAAGAAAAUAUGGACGUCCCGACUUAUUUAUUACUGUAACUACCAAUCCUAAGUGGGAUGAAAUCACUCGGGAGCUUCUUGAGGGUCAAGCACCGCAUGACCGCCAUGAUAUCAUCGCAAGAGUUUUUCAUUUAAAAUUAAAAUCAAUGAUAGAUCUAUUUACCAAAGAUAACAUUUUUGGAGAAGUAUUGUGUUAUAUGUAUAGUGUUGAAUGGCAAAAACGCGGCUUACCCCACGCACAUAUACUGCUUUGGUUAAAAGAUAAGGUUCGACCUAAUGAUGUAGACAGUUUAAUCAGUGCCGAAAUUCCAAGUCCGAUUGCAGAUUCCGAGUUAUACGACAUUGUUAAAACUCAUAUGAUACAUGGUCCAUGUGGUGCAUUUAACGUGAAUUCUUCUUGCAUGCAAGACGGUCGUUGCACUAAAAGAUAUCCAAAAGCCUUAGUGGAAGAAACUGUAACAGGACAUGAUGGAUACCCGAAAUAUCGUCGCCGUUCAAGAGAUACUGGUGGUUUCACUGUUGAAAAGCGAGUGUCUGGACAACAGGUUAUUUUAGACAAUAGGUGGGUCGUUCCGUAUUCUCCUGUGUUGUCCAGAGCAUUUCAAGCUCACAUAAAUGUUGAAAUGUGUAAUAGUGUAGAGUCAAUAAAAUAUAUUUGUAAGUACAUUAAUAAGGGCAGUGACCAAGCUACAUUUGCUUUGAGAAAUGAAAAUGAUGAAGUUACAAGAUUUCAGUCAGGCAGAUAUAUAAGUUCUUCAGAAGCUGUGUGGCGGAUCUUAAGUUUCAACAUUCAUGAAAGAUAUCCACCUGUGACCCAUCUGGAUGUUCAUCUUGAAGGCGGUCAACGUAUAUAUUUCAACACCGAAAAUGUCACAGAACGGUUAGAGAACCCUAGACAAACAACUUUAUCAGCAUUCUUUCGACUUUGCCAAACUGAUGAUUUUGCAAAAUCUCUUUUAUAUGAAGAAGUUCCAUCGUAUUAUACCUACGAUAAGCAACGAGGUGUCUUUAAUCGUAGACGCCGUGGCAGGCCUGUAGAUGGCGAGUCAGGUAUUUUCAAAGAACAUGUUCUUGGUAGAGUAUACACCGUUCAUCCUAACAACGCUGAGUGUUUCUAUUUGCGAUUAUUAUUACAUACUGUGCGAGGACCAACCUCAUUUAUAGAUUUGAGAAAAGUAGACAAUGUUGUUUAUCCCAGUUAUCAUGCAGCUUGCCAAGCGCGUCAUUUGCUUGAAAAUGAUCAGCAUUGGGAUGACGCUUUAGCAGAAUCCUGUGUUAGUGAUAAUCCAAGACGGUUACGUCAUUUAUUUGUAACAUUACUUACAUUUUGUAAUUUGUCAGAUGCUGUACAAUUAUGGGAAAAAUAUAAAGACAAAUUUUCAGAAGACUUUCUUAGAAAUAUAUCUAACAAUGAUGAAGGCACAACUAAUGAUAAUUUCCGUGAUCUUGCCAUAAAUCAGUGCUUAUUAGCUCUUCAGGAUGAGUUAACAGCAGUUGGCGGUAAAUCACUAUGUGAAUAUGGUUUGCCAACACCAACCUCAGUCGGAGAGGUAACUAAUAGGGAAUAUUCCGCAGAGAUUGGUUACAACUUAAUGGAACUGCUGACAACAUUAGAAAACGGUGUCCCAAUGAUGACUGCAGAACAACGUUCAGUUUAUGACCGUGUGUGCGGAAGUGUUCAAAAUAAUUUGGGAACAAUAUGGUUUUUAGAUGCACCUGGAGGAACUGGGAAAACCUUUUUGACUAAAUUAAUAUUGGCUUAUGUUCGAAAUCAGCGUAAAAUAGCUCUUGCCGUAGCUUCAUCUGGGAUAGCUGCAACAUUGCUACCAGGAGGUAAAACGGCUCACACUAUGUUCAAAAUACCAAUUGAUUUAGAUCGCACGGAAAGUCCAACCUGUAGUAUUUCAAGAAAUAGCGACAAAGCAAAGGUAUUACGCGAGUGUAAUUUAAUCAUAUGGGAUGAAUGUACGAUGGCCCAUCGAAAAGCAGUAGAAGCGGUAGAUAGAACUUUAAGGGAUAUAAGACAAAAUGAUCGACCAAUGGGCGGUAUCACGGUUUUAUUUUGUGGUGAUUUCCGACAAACCUUACCGGUAAUACCACGGGGAACCCGAGCUGAUGAGGUUAGGGCUUGCCUGAAAAGCUCUUAUUUGUGGCGUGAUAUACAAUCGGUGCAUUUGACUAUAAACAUGCGAGUGAGAACUGGAGAUAACCCGGAUGAUAGUCAAUUUUCUGAUUCAUUAUUAAAGAUUGGUGAAGGUACCUAUCCACAACUACACCAAGGAAAACUUAUUCUGACGCCUGAAUUAUGUUGUAUAGUGCAAUCUCAACCACAUCUUAUAUCGUCGGUUUACGGUGACGUAACAAAUAUAUUAAAUAGGGACAAUUCCUGGCUAUGCGAAAGAUCUAUUUUAACUCCUAGCAAUGACCAGGCAUCUGAGAUUAAUAACAAAAUACUGUCGAAUAUACAGGGGGAAAGCAAAGUUUAUAGAUCAAUAAAUAGAAUGGUCGAUGAACAAGAAGCAACUAAUUACCCGAUAGAAUUUUUAAAUUCUUUAAAUAUGCCCGGACUUCCUUCUCACGAAAUUUGUUUAAAAAUUGGCAUUCCGAUUAUUCUACUCCGAAAUUUAAGACCACCACAACUUUGCAAUGGAACUCGACUAAAAGUAACCCAGUUGCAACAAAAUAUAAUCGAGGCUCAAAUUUUAACAGGUUGCGGUGCAGGAGAAACCGUCUUUAUCCCCAGAAUACCCUUAAUACCAAAUAAUUUUCCAUUCCAAUUUAAAAGGACGCAAUUCCCAGUAUCGGUGUGUUAUGCAAUGACAAUAAAUAAGGCUCAAGGGCAGACUUUUCAUGUUGCCGGAGUAGAUCUCGGUGUCAGUUGUUUCUCGCAUGGUCAGUUAUACGUUGCUCUUUCCCGUGUUAGCAGUUCUAGAAAUCUUUAUGUUCACGUGCCGGACGGGUCAACUUUCAAUAUAGUUUACCCGGAAGCUUUGCGCUAA